UAUGUUAUCAUGCAACCAUAACAGUUAUCAAUAAAAAUCCAAACACUUAUUAUAGCUGCUAUAGUAUAAAAUUAUAUUAUAUUGUAUUAUUUUGAAAACUAAAAUGAUUCGUAUUUUUUUUUCCUUGGGGUUGGCAAUCACACACAAUGUUGUCUAUUCCGAGAAUAUCUAUAAGGCCUACAAUAAUACAAACGGAUUAGAUUGGUGGCAAACCGGUAUCAUCUAUCAGGUUUAUGUGAGAUCAUUUAAAGAUACCAACAGUGAUGGCAUUGGUGAUUUAAACGGAGUAACUCAAAAAGUAAACUACUUAAAAGAUUUAGGCAUUGGUGCAAUUUGGCUUUCUCCGAUAUUCGAAUCACCACAGUUUGACUUUGGUUAUGACAUAUCAAAUUUUAAGCAAAUUGAAAAAGUCUUUGGAACUUUAGCAGAUUUUGAUCGCUUGCUUAAUACAUAUCAUAACGCCGGAAUAAAAGUUUUAUUGGAUUUUGUGCCAAAUCACUCGAGUCAUUUGCAUGAAUGGUUUUUGAAAUCUGUGAAAAAAAUUCCACCAUUCACAGACUACUAUGUUUGGGAAGAUCCAGUUUACACAAAAGAAGGAAAACAACCUCCUAAUAAUUGGUUAGCAGUAUUUAACAGCGGUUCGGCAUGGGAGUGGAACGAGGAACGUCAACAAUAUUAUCUUCAUCAGUUCUUGGUUGAACAACCAGACUUUAAUUAUAGAUCUCCAAUGCUAGUAGAAGAAAUGAAGAACGUUUUGCGCUUUUGGCUGGACCGUGGCGUGGACGGUUUCCGAUUUGACGCAGUUAACUUUAUAUUCGAAAGAGCUGAUUUAGUCAACGAACCGGAGUCUGGCGAUCCUGAAAGCGAACCUAAUGACUAUUAUUCUUUAAAUCAUAUAUAUACUUUAGAUCAACCGGAAACGUAUGAAAUGGUUCACCAAUGGAGAGAGGUGAUAGACAGUUAUAAGAAGAGCGAAAACGAUACAUCCAGAAUGUUUAUGGUAGAAUGUUACUCGCCCGUGGAUAAAAUCAUGCAAUACUACGGUAAUGAUACAGCACUCGGAGCUCAUUUUCCAUUUAAUUUUUUCUUCAUUGAACAUUUCAAUCGUCAAUCGGACGCUAAACAAAUGAGAGACGUUAUUGCCUCUUGGUUAGCCAAUAUACCAGAGGGAAGAUGGCCAAACUGGGUACUUGGAAACCACGAUAAGAAUAGAGUAGCAUCGAGACUAGAUUCAAUGCUUAUUGAUGGAAUCCAAAUGGCACAAAUGCUAUUGCCGGGUACGACCGUCACCUAUAAUGGCGAUGAACUCGGCAUGGAAGACACGUACAUUCGAUGGGAUGAAGCAGUUGACCCGUGGGGAUUAAACGUGGGAAUCAGGCGAUAUGAAAAGUUUACCAGAGAUCCACAAAGGAGUCCAUUCCUUUGGGAUAAUUCCCUAAAUGCAGGGUUUUCCGACGGUCCUAAACCUUGGCUUCCCGUCAAUCCAAAGUUUUGGAGGGAUAACAUGCAACAACAAACAAAAUAUAAGAGCCACUUGAGAACUUACAAACAGUUGGUGAGUUUAACAAAAAGCCCAACAAUAUUGUACGGAGACUUAAAUGUGUUCAUUUUAUCAAAAUGGGUGCUUGGUUUUUCAAGGAGUUAUUUAGACCAUCCAACAUACUUUGUUGUUAUUAAUUUGGGUAGUGAGACGGAAAGAGUUAAUCUUUUAAAUGCUAGAUAUACUUUACCACACAUUUUAAAGGUCAAAGUUUCAAGUGUUAACUCAGGUCUUGUCACAGGGAAUUUGGUGCGAACCGAAAACAUUAUUUUAAGACCAAAGGCUGCACUCGUCAUGACAACGUCUAGAACUAAUGAAGAUGAUGAUAAUUUUUAAAUAAUUAUAGUUAAUAAAUUUGUAUUAUAUUUAAAAUAUAUUAAAUUAUAUAAUAUA